CUAUAACCAGUUAAGUAGUUUAUGAAAAUAAACUGCUUAUUAAUUUUUAUGAUUUCUGCCCCCUUCUUGCGUUUACUUAGAAUCGGCGGGCUCUCCGAGGCAAGCGGGAGGAGAUGAAUUACGAAUUUGGGCGAGAAAGUGGUUUCAUCAACAGCCAGCCGUCGCUCGCCGAGUGCCUGACAUCUUUCACUGGCCCUGUCGGUGAUGCAUUUCAAAGUUCAUCAAUCAAGAGCUGUGCGCUUUCACAGUCGACACUGAUUCCUCCUCCCUUUGAGCAGAGCGUCGCCGGCCUCAGUCCGAGCGUCCACCCACGCCACAGCCGCUGCAAGCAGGCUGUGAAAGGCUGCAGCCCGCUGCAGGCUGCGUCACCCCCGGAGUACCCGUGGAUGAAGGAGAAGAAAAGCAUCAAGAGGACCCCGGCUGCUGCUGCUUCUUCUUCUUCUUCUUUCUCCUCUUCCUCCUCCGACGCUGCGCCUUCCACGACGGCCGACUCCUCACCACUCUACUUCUCCCCCCAAGGUUCACCUGAAGGACCAGAGGGCGGUGUGGGUGGCGUGGGGGUCUCCAGGAGGCUGAGGACCGCGUACACGAACACCCAACUUCUGGAGCUGGAGAAAGAGUUCCACUUCAACAAAUACCUGUGCAGACCCCGGCGGGUGGAAAUAGCAGCCUUGCUGGAUUUAACGGAGAAGCAGGUGAAGGUGUGGUUUCAGAACCGGCGGAUGAAGCACAAGAGGCAGACCCACAGCAAAGAGAACCGGGACAGUGAGGGGAAAUACGCGCGUCCGGAGGCGGAGGACGGCGGCGCGGCGGCCGGGGCGCUCCUGGAGAGGGAGAGGUAUUUCCACCAAAAUACCUUGACUUCACAAUACUGUCACAACGGACACAAUGCGGAGAACCAAAGCCCGGCCGUCGCUCCUUUGAGCAGCAAUGAGAAAAAUCUGAAACAUUUUGCGAACCACCCGACACCCACUGCUCCGAUCUGCGCGGCGACAAUAGGCCCGGACAAUGAUUCCUCCCCGGGCCUGGACGUCUCUUUGCAGGAUUUCCAAGCGUUCUCAUCCCCGUCAUCUUUUUCUCCGGGUUUGUCAGACGCAGCAGAAAGUCCCCUUCCCCUGUCCGAAACUUUUGAUCUUUUCUCAGAAACUCUCACAACAAUCGACCUGCAAAAUCUAAGUUACUGAAAUGUGGACUCCUGUUAGACACCAUGCUAUAUUUCUUUUUCUCUUUUUAGCGCGGGGGGGCAAAAUAAUAGACUAGAUUUCACAAAUAAGGUAAGUUAAAAAGAAGAGUGACAAAUCUAUUAUGUGUCUGCCUGUCGAAAAGCUGCUGGAGGACAUUACGUUUAUUUUUUCAAUUAUAUCU